AUGGCUGAUCCUCGUUACAAAUUCCUUUGGACGAAGAUUGCCGAAAAUCUUCUUUUCGAAAAUUCCAACGCUGUCGAAGACUGGGCUGCCAACCUCUCAGGCGAACAGAUGAGUAAGAUAAACAAUUUCUUAUCUACUCACGAUGAGGUACCAGCUCUCUUCUUCUACGUUACAUCAAGAGAACCAUUAGAAAUGACAGUCUCAGAUGACCCCUCUGAGUACCCAGGCAAGUCAUGCAUUUUAACUCCAUACUUCCUCAAAAUUGAGAAGGAAAACAAGCAAGCACUCUCAAACAACAACAUCGAUCAAUUGGUUGCUGCCGGCAUUAUUGCUGGAGAUCCAAUCUCAUCCUUCAACUCGAUGUUUUCAAAGUCUUAUUCCGGUGUUAUCCGUACAGCACUUGAUUCAGCUGACGAAGGCAUUGACAGGAAGUCUCUCAACAUUAUCCUCACAGGCAUCGAGCGUAAGUCUCAAUCAAUUAGCUCCACAGUUGAAGCUACAUCAAAGGCCGUUAUCUUAGAACCUCCGGCCGACAUGCACGGUGUUACACUCGAUUCACAGUCCCUUCUCCAGGCUUCCCACGAUGAUUCUAUCACCAACAAAUUUGCUCAAAAGAUGCAACAGUGGUGCGAACAGAUCCAAGGCCUUCUCAAUGUUACCGAGCAAGUCCGCCAAGAAGACGAGGACAGUGGUCCACGUGCCGAAAUGGAUUACUGGCGCGAGCGUCUCUCAAUUUUCUCAUCACUCGUCGAAUCCAUCAAGUCCAACGAUGUCAGAAUCGUUGUCUCUGUUCUUAAGAUCAAGAGACCACCGAUUCUUACACUUUGGAACGAACUUGAUGCUAAGAUUACAGCAUCUGCUAACGAAGCUAAGGAUAACGUUAAGUAUCUUACUUCCCUUGAGAAGUAUACUGAACUUCUUUACGCUCUCGACCCACCAGAGUGUGGCGAACUCGUUCCAGGACUUAUUACAUCAGUAUCCAUGGUCCACAACAUCUCCCGCUACUACAGAUCACCACAGCGCAUCUGCACCCUUCUUAAGAAGGUUACAAACCAGAUGAUCAACACCUGUGUCCAUUACAUCUGCCCAAGCGGCCAACUUUACGAGCAAGACAGAACUCUUCUCAUUAAGAAGUUCCACGAGUGCAUUGAUUUAAACAAGCGCUACCAGGAAUGCUACAACAACACAAUGAAGACAAAGGUUCCAUCUCUCGAUACAACACAACCAGCCAACAAGACAGGCGACCUCAACAAGACAGGCAAGUCAUCAGACAAGAAGGAUGAUUCCAACACAACACGCGAACUUAAGACGCAUUUCAUCAUCUUCGGUAAGUUUGAUGCCUUUUCUGAGCGUUGCGACUACUUGAUCAACUUGUUUACAACAAUUAAUGAGUUCAACAACCUCUCCAAGUGCCGCCUUGAAGGUAUGGCUCCAAUUGUUACAAGAUUUGUUGAAGAUAUCGAUUUUACAAAGCGCGUUUCCUACAAGAUGCUUGAUCCACGUAACCAAACAUUCCAAAAGGAUUACAAGCUCUUCCAAACAAACUGCGUACAACUCGAUACUCAAAUCCGCCAAAUCAUCAGCGAUGCCUUCCAAGUUACACCAACUCCAAUGGCCGCUCUCGACCUCUAUACCGAGCUUUCCGGCACAAUGACCCGCCAGCAAGGCAAGGCCGAGCUUGAAAAGUGGUUUACAAAGACAUUAACACGCUAUUCUGAAGAUCUCGACCUUGUUGAUAAGGAGCAACAACAGAUGGCCUCCAGUUUCAACAACAAGAAGCUUCAGAUCAAGAACAUGCCACCAAUUGCCGGUUGCAUUGCCAGAACUCGUCAAUUAAUGGACAGAAUCACCGGUCCAAUGGAAGUUUUCAAGAAGCACGAAGGUGUCUUCGAUAAAGGCGAGAACAAGAAGCUUGUUGCCAAGUACAACCCAACAUUGUACAAAUUGGCCGACCUUGAGAAGAAGUGUUAUGAAUUGUUCCAGGACAAUGCUGCCCUUCUUAAGAAGGAAAUGCAGAAUACAUUGAUCAAGAUGGAUUCUAACCACGUUCUCACUGUCAACUUCUCACAUGAUGUUCUCAGAAUUUUCCAGGAAGCCAACGUUUUCUGCCGCUUCAAAUUCGAUUUACCACCACAGUUCGAGUCCUUUGUUUCUCAGGAGGCACACAUCAAGAAAUGCCGCACUGAGUUACAGAACUUACUCGUCCGCCACGAUACAAUUCUCUUCCAGAUCACAGAGACAUUCCCAGAUCUCUUCAGAGACGCCCAAAUGAAGCUUGAAGCAGUUAUCGCUCCAGGUGGCCAGACAUUAACAUGGUCAUCUCUUAACAUCGAUAACUACAUCGAGACAUUGAAGCAGAAGAUCUCUCAAAUUGAGGAUGUUCUCAACAAAGUCAACGAUAUCCGCACAUUCUCAAUCAACAAGUCACUCCAGGAGAUCGCAGAAACACCACUCUGCCCACCAUUCAAGUCGAACAUCACUGAUCCACAGCACUUCAUCGACGAAAUCUCAUCACACGCCGCUGAAGCUGUCCAAAAGAUCAAUGCCCGUGUACAAGGUAUCCAAGCCUCUGUCUGCGAAAUAAUCAACAUUAUUUCAACAGUUUCCGACAUCGAUCCGAAGAAGGAAGACGAUGACGGAAAGUCAGAGCCAAAGCAACUCUUCCAGUACAACAAGGAAGACAACACAAUGAUUGUCACAGGAAGCCUUGUCUGGUCAAUGUUCAAGACAUACGAAGAGAUCACAUUCAGAGCAGUUGUUAAGUGCUUCAAGAACUCAAUGAACGAUUUAUGCGAAGCCCUCAAAGCUGCUAAGGAACACGAUCCAACACUCUUCUCAACAGAACUCCGUCCAACUGUUCCAGAUCUUACAUUAUCCCCAGAUAUCAACGGAAUCCAAUCAACACUCAAUGAAGGUGUCCGUGCAAUGCUCAGAGCAACACAGGACAUCCAGACAUUCGUUCUCGCAAGAUUCCCAUCUGCUCCGGAACAGCAGAAGACAGAGAAGCACAACGAAGAGAAGGACAGAGACAUAGACGAGGAAGGCGAACCAGCCGGACUCGCUGUUGCUCAGAACCAAGACUUCAGAGCACAGAACUACUUCAACGCUCUCACAAGAGAUUACCCAACAAUCGCUUUGAUCAUUUCAAUGACAAACAGAAUGAAGGAGUUCAUCCCGAAGAUCAACGAAUACACAGCCAAGUUCAACGAGUAUUCAUUCCUUUGGGAAUCCGAUGGCGACAAGUCCUUCCAGGAGUUCGAAGCCACAAAUCCAUCAAUUCGCCAAAUCAAGGAGAAGAUGGAUAACUUCAUGCUCCUCGAGUCAAAGAUCGAAGACAUUGUCGAGAAGACACGCGUCGGACCAAUCAUCAUCGACUGCUCCGGUGUCAAAAGUGCUCUCAUCGCUGAAGCUAAGAAGUGGAAGCAGAAAUACGGUGAUCUCUUGAACAAGAUCGGACGCUCAAAGAUGUUGGAGCUCAACGAUUUCAUCGAGAAGAUGAAGAACGCUCUUUCAAAGUCCAUCAACCAACUCGAUGAUCUCAGAUCAACAAUGGACGCUCUCAAGGCUGUUCGUGAGAAAUCCGCUGAAUACGAUCAGCUCAUGGCUCCAAUCGAAGAGUCUUAUUCCCUUCUCGCAAAGAACGGAAUCACCGUUCCACAGGAAGAACUCGAUAUGUUCGAUAACAUCCAAUACAACUGGGGCAAACUCCGCGCUCUCGAGCAGGAACAACAGGAAACACUCCAAAAGGUUUCUCCUCAGUUCAAGAACCAAGUUAUCGAAGGUAUGGCACAGUUCCUCGAAGACUUCAAGCAAUUCCAAAUCCAAUACAACCAAGAAGGCCCUAUGGCACCAGGUUUGACACCAGCUGAAGCUUCCGAGAAGCUCAAGAUCUUUCAGCACCAGUUCGAUAACAUCCAGAAGAGAUGGAUCACAUAUUCCGGUGGUCAGGAUCUCUUCGGUCUCGAGAAGACCAAAUUGGACUCAAUCGAUGUUCUCGCUAAGCAACUCAAGAACUUAACAACACUUUACAACCUUUACUCCGAAGUUAACACAUACACAAGACAAAUCAGAGAUUUCCUUUGGGUCGAAGUUAAGUUCUCAGACAUCGAAGUCAAGAUGACAGAGUUCCAGACAAGAACACGUCACUUACCAGCCGAAAUGAGAGGUUGGGCUGCUUACCAGGAUCUCGGCCAGAAGAUCGAUAACUUCGUCGACACAAUGCCACUUCUUGAAGCACUUUCUAACCCAGCUGUCAAGCCAGUUCACUGGGAUGAAAUCAAGAAGCUCACACACGUCGAUAUCGAUACAGAUAAGGAUGUCUUCAGACUCGGCCACGUUUUCGACGCCGGUCUUCUCAACUUCAAGGAAGAUGUCCAGGAUAUCUGCAACGCAGCUACACAAGAAGCCAAGAUCGAAGCCAAGCUCAGAGAAAUCGAAGGCGAUUGGCAGGCAACAGAGUUCACAUUCUCUCCAUACAAGGGAAUGCAGGACAUGCUUCUUAAGGGUGCAGAAACAAACGAAAUCAUCACAAAGAUCGAAGACUCUCUUAUGGCUCUCAGCUCUCUUAACUCCAACAGAUUCGUCGCUCGUUUCAAGUCACAAGUCGAAUCAUGGAUGAAGAAGUUGUCCGUUUCAAGAGAUGUCAUCACAGAGUGGCAGCAAGUCCAGUCCAUGUGGAUCUACCUCGAAGCCGUUUUCUCAGGAGGUGAUAUCGCUAAAUACAUGACACAGGAAACAAAGGCAUUCGCACAGAUCAACAAGAACUGGAUGACAAUCAUGAAGAACGCUUCUGAUGUCAAGAAUGUCGUCACAGUCUGCUUCGUCGAUGAAGGCCUUGCCAAGCUCUUCAAGCACUUGCUCGAACAGCUCCAGAAGUGCCAGAAGGCUCUUUCCGGCUACAUCGAAAAGAAGCGUCAGUCAUUCCCACGUUUCUACUUCCUUUCCGAACCAGUUAUUCUCGAAAUUCUCGGUCAGGCAUCAGAUCCACAGGCCAUUCAGCCACACAUCCACUCCAUCUUCGAUAACUUGACACACCUCGAGUUCGAUCAGAUGCAGUACAACAAGAUUCUCGGUUUCGAAUCCGGCGAAGGUGAAAAGGUCAAACUUUACCAGCCAUUCCUUGCCCAGGAUAACGUCGAAAAGUGGCUCAACGACCUCAUCAACAAGAUGCGCCAGACAUUGCUCAACAUCUGCACAGAAAUGUCCACACAAAUCCAGACAUUCACUGUCGAGCAGUGGGUCAACGCAGACUUCCCAGCACAGAUCAUGCUUCUUGCUAUGAUGAUCUGGUGGACAGAGCGCACAGAAGACACACUCAAGCGCGCUAAUGGCAAGAACCAGAAGAUCUUCAAGGAGACAAAGGACGAAUUCGAAAUGAGAUUCAAGAAACUCGUCGAAAUCGCUGGUGGUCUCGAUAAGUCCAAGAAAUUGAAGUCUGUCCACAUCGAAGUUCUCAUCACUCUCUUCCUUCACAACAGAGAUAUCUACAACUCUCUUGUUGACAUGAAGAUCAAGUCACCACUCGAUUUCGAAUGGCAGAAGCAGAUGAGAUACUACUGGAAGCCAGAAGGCAGAAAGUGCAUCAUCGCCAUCACAGAUGUCGAGCGUGAGUACUCCUACGAAUACCUCGGCUGCACAGGCCGUCUCGUUAUUACUCCACUCACAGAUAGAUGCUACAUCACUCUUGCUCAGGCCCUCGGUUUGUCCAUGGGUGGUGCUCCAGCUGGUCCAGCCGGUACAGGCAAGACAGAGACAGUUAAGGAUAUGGCUAAGGCUCUCGGUAUCAUGUGCGUCGUUUUCAACUGCUCCGAUCAGAUGAACAACCAAGGUCUCGGCCGUAUUUUCCGUGGUCUCGCUCAGGCAGGCUGCUGGGGUGACUUCGAUGAGUUCAACCGUAUUGAACUCGAUGUUCUUUCCGUCGCUGCUCAGCAAGUCGCUACAAUCUUCAACGCUUGCCGUGAAAGACAGCGUAUCUUCAAGUUCGUCGAUGGUAACAUGGUUGAAUUAGAUAACAGAGUCGCUAUCUUCAUCACAAUGAACCCAGGUUACGCUGGUCGUCAGGAACUUCCAGAAAACUUGAAGAUUCAAUUCCGUAUGGUCGCUAUGAUGGUUCCAGACAAGCGUCUUAUCAUGAAGGUCAAACUCGCUUCAUCCGGUUUCCAGGACUACAUGUCACUUUCCGACAAGUUCGCCCUUCUUUACGCUCUUUGCUCAGAGCAGCUUUCCAAGCAGAUCCACUACGACUGGGGUCUUCGUAACAUUCUUUCCGUUCUUCGUUUCUCCAAGGAAGUUCGUGCCAACAACCCAACAAUGAACGAACAAGAACUUCUCAACCGUGUUCUUAUGAACAUGAACCUUGCUAAGCUUGUCGACGAUGAUGAACCACUCUUCCUCGACUUGCUUCAGGAUGUUUUCGAUAAGAAACCAGAUCAACAACCAGAUAUGGCCAUCAAGAACUCCAUCAUCGAAAACGCUGUCGCUCACGGUCUCGAUCCAUUCCCAGAGUGGAUGGCAAAGGCCAUGCAGCUUCAGGAAACAUGCGAAGUUCGUCACGGCAUCAUGAUCCUUGGCCCAUCAGGCUCAGGUAAGUCUUCAUUGCUUAAGAUGCUUAUCCUCGCUUACUCCGAAGUUCGCUGCCCACACGAGUUCGUCAGAAUGAAUCCAAAGGCUAUCACAUCCUCCCAGAUGUUCGGUACACUCGAUCCAUCAUCCAACGAUUGGACAGAUGGUAUCUUCUCUUCUCUCUGGCGUAUGGCCUGCAAGAAGACAAACAAGAACGUCUGGCUCGGCCUCGAUGGCCCAGUCGAUGCCAUUUGGAUCGAAAACCUUAACUCCGUUCUUGAUGAUAACAAGACACUUACAUUGGCUAACGGUGAUAGACUUCCUAUGGCUCCAACAGUCAAGCUUCUCUUCGAAAUGUCUUCCCUCGAUAACGCUUCACCAGCUACAGUUUCUCGUGCAGGUAUGAUUUACGUUCCAUCACACAUUCUCACAUGGCGUCCACUCGCUAUGUCAUGGUCCAAGCGCGAAGAUUUCAAGGCUAUCGAAAGAAUCUUCCCAGAACUCAUUUCUUCAUUCGAUAAGCUCUUCGCUUAUGUCUUCAAGCAUCUUAAGAUGGUCAUGAAGACAUCACAGGUCCACGUCAUCACAACAAUCCUCCACAUCUUCGAGGCCAUGAUCACAUCCAGAGAAUCUGAUGGUUUCAUCAAACUCAACUGCCAGGAUCCAGCCAUCCUCAAGAAGCUCAUGAUCUUCUCUGCCAUGUGGGCAUUCGGCGGCUUCCUCGAUCUCGAUGGCCGUGCACAACUCUCACAGUGGCUCUGCAAGGAAUACGCAGCUUCCAUUCCAUCAUCCAUCGACAAGGCUAAGCUCUUCGAUUACGUCGUCGAUCUCAAGUCUGGCGGUGAAUGGGUUAACUGGGAAGAAAGACUCAAGACAUACGAGUAUCCGAAGAAGGAGACACCAGAAUUCGCAUCCAUCCUCGUUCCAACAAUCAACAACACACAGAUCGAGUACCUUCUUCAGUUGCUCGCACAGUCCGGCCGCUCCAUCCUUUUGUUCGGUGACUCUGGUACUGCUAAGACAGCUACAAUCAACACAUUCUUGAACACAUUCGAUAAGGAGCGCUGGGUUUCCAAGGUCUUCAACUUCUCAUCUGCCACAACACCAUAUCUCUUCCAGACAUCAAUUGAGUCCGUCCUCGAGAAGACAAUCGGUUCUUCCUACGGCCCAAUCGGUGGCAAGCGCAUGGAAGUCUUCAUCGAUGAUAUCUCCAUGCCAGAAAUCAACGAGUGGGGUGACCAGGUCACAAACGAAAUUGUCCGUCAGUUGAUGGAAGAUUCCGGCUUCUAUUCACUCGAAAAGCCAGGUGAGUUCAUCACAGUUAUCAACACACAGUUCGUCGCAGCCAUGUGCACACCAGGUGGUGGUCGUAACGAUGUUCCAGACAGACUCAAGAGACACUUCUCUGUCUUCAACUACACAUUACCAGAUGUUGCAUCAAUCAACAGAAUUUACGCUACAAUUCUCAAGGGCUUCUUCGUCGAAGAAAGAGGCUUCUCACAGAGCAUCUGCAACCUCGCAGGCACAGCUGUCGAUGCAACACACGCCAUCUGGUCCGCCACAAAGGGAAGAAUGCUUCCAACACCAGCCAAGUUCCACUACGUCUUCAACCUUCGUGAUCUUUCACGUGUCACACAAGGCAUGUUACAGGUCACAUCGAAGGAAGUCAACACACCAGAACUCUUCGUUUCUCUCUGGGCUCACGAGUGCUUCAGAGUCUUCCCAGAUAAGUUCACAACAGACCAGGAUAAGGCAUGGUUCUCAGAAGCCAUCGUAAAGACUGGUUGCGAGAAGUUUGGUGACGCAUACGAGCACUUACUCCGCGAAGCAUCCACAAGAUUAUGGUGCUCAUUCAUGCACGAUCCAGAUUACUCUCAAUACGAAGGUGUCGAAGAUUCCAAGAUUCCAAGAAUCUACGAGCAAGUCUCCACAUUCGAUGCCCUCAACAAGAGAUGCCGCGAAUUCAUGGACGAGUUCAACUCCAAGCCAUCAACAAAGGGCAAGAAACUCGAUCUCGUUCUUUUCGAUGAUGCUAUGAACCACCUUGUCCGUAUUGCCCGUAUCAUCGGCAUGCCACGUGGCCACGCUCUUCUUGUCGGUGUCGGUGGCUCUGGUAAGCAGUCACUUACACGCCUUGCCUCAACAAUUCUCGGCUACAACAUCUUCCAAGUCACUCCAGGCCGUAACUACGGUACAAACGACUUCCUCACAGAUAUCAGAGAACUCUACAGACAGGCAGGUGUCCUCAACAAGAGAACAACAUUCAUCUUCACAGAUAACGAAGUCAAGCAGGAAUCAUUCCUCGAAUUCAUCAACAACAUCUUGACAACAGGUGAAAUCGCUAACUUGUUCUACCGUGAUACAUACGAAGCUCUCAUGUCCGAAAUGCGUCCAAUCUUCAUCAAGGAAUGCCGCGGACAAGUCGAUACAGAUCAAAACGUUUACGGUUACUUCAUCAACCGUGUCAGAUCCAACCUUCACAUCGUUCUUUGCUUCUCACCAGUCGGCGAACAGUUCAGAAAGCGCAACCUCAAGUUCCCAGGUCUUUUCAGCGGCUGCACAAUCGACUGGUUCACACACUGGCCUCACCAGGGUCUUUACUCCGUCGUCGAGAACUUCCUCAAGCCAAUCGACAUCAUCGCAAAGGACAGCGACAUCAAGGAACGUCUUUCCGAGACAUUCGCUUUGAUCCACGAGUCCGUUGAACAAGGCUGCGAAGACUACUUCAACAGAUUCAGACGUCGUACAUUCGUUACUCCAAAGUCCUACCUUUCAUUCCUUUCUUCAUUCAAGACAUUGUAUCAGACACAGCUCGAGAAGAUUCAGGAUGAUGCAAACCGUAUGAAGGAAGGUCUCCAGAAGAUCGAAGAUGCUAAGGUUUCUGUCGCUAACAUGAAGUCCAAACUCAGCGAAGAAAAGGCAGUUGUCGCCCAGAAGUCCGCUGAAGCACAGCAGAUUCUUGAUGUCGUUACUGUCAAGAGAGCUGAAGCAGAAACACAAGCUGCAGAAGUCCAGACACAGAAGGAUGCACAGGAAGUCGAGAAGAACAAGAUUGCUGUCAUGCAAGAAGACGCUAACGCCAAGUUACAAGAUGCUAUGCCAGCUAAGAUCGAAGCAGAAAAGGCCCUUCAGUCCCUCACAUCAGGUGAUAUGAACGAACUUAAGGGUUACGCACAGAUUGGUGCAGUCAUCAUGUUGGUGUUCGAUGCAGUUUGUAUCCUUUUGUACGACAAGAUUCUCCCAUACACACCAGAAGAGUUGUCCACAAAGGAUGGCACAUUCCAGUUCAUGACUCCAUCUCUCGAAUACGGUAACAACUACCGUAAAUCAACAACACUUCUUCAGACACUUGUCAACUAUCCAAAGGAUCAGAUCAACGACGAACAGAUCGAUCUUCUCCAGCCAUACUUAACAUGCCCAAUCUUCAAUCCAACAGUCGCUAAGAAGGCUUCCACAGCUGCAGGUGGUAUCUGCUCAUGGGUUAUCAACGUUUGCAAGUACCAUGCAGUCGAAAAGGGUGUUAGACCACUCAAGCUUCAGUUGGAUCAGGCUACAGCAUCCCUCAACAAGGCCGAAGCAGCUCUCAAGGUUCUCGAAGACGCUCUUGCUGAAAAGCAGCGCGCACUUGAUGAACUCCAGCGCAACUACGAUGCAGCUCUCGGCAAGCAGAACGAGUGCACAAUGCGUGCCCAGGCAACAGAAAAGAAGCUCAAGGACGCUCAGACUCUUAUCGACGCUCUUUCCAACGAAAAGAGCCGUUGGGAGACACAAGCUUCCAUGCUCCAAGAGUCCAUUCUCAAGACAGUCGGUAACGCAACAAUCGGUGCUGCCUUCAACUCAUACUGCGGUAUGUUCAACCACGUCAUGAGACAGCACUUCUUGAACGAGGCAUGGCCGAACAUCCUAGCUUCGAACCAGAUCCCGUCUCAAGGACAGAUCGAUAUCAUCUCGCUGUUCGUUACAGAAGCAACACUCGAUACAUGGCAGCUCCAAGGUUUGCCAUCAGAUGAACUUUCAAGACAGAACGGUGUCAUUUCAACAAACGCUCCAACAUAUCCACUGCUUAUCGAUCCACAGGGUCAGGCACACAGUUGGAUUAUGAACAGACACAAGCAGGACCUUAUUGUCACAUCAUUCGAAGACAAAUACUUCAGAACACACUUAGAAAACGCUUUGCAGUCAGGUCGCCCACUUCUCAUUGAAGAUUGCGGUGAAGAAAUUGAUCCAAUUCUCGAUAACAUUCUCGCAAAGAACUACAUGAAGGUUGGUCGUUCCAUCAACGUCAGUGUUGGUGGUAAGGAUGUCGAAGUCUACCAGGGCUUCACACUCUACUUCACAACUAAGCUCGCCAACCCGAAGUUCUCGCCAGAAACAUUCGCAAAGUGCUCUGUCAUCGAAUUCUCCGUCACACAGAACGGUCUUCAGGAACAGCUUCUCAACCUCGUUAUUCUCAGAGAAAAGGAGUCCCUCGAAAUCGACAGACAGCGUCUUCUCGCAAAGGUCGCUGCCCUCAAGGCAUCACUCGUCGAUCUCGAAAACAAGCUUCUCGAUUUGCUCAGAUCAUCAAAGGGCGAUCUCUUGGAGAACACAUCCCUUAUCACAACACUUAACUCCACAAAAGUCACAUCCAAGGAGAACACAGAGUCUCUUAACGAGGCUAUGACAACCAACCAGAAGAUCGAAAACUCACGUAAGGAGUACAUGCCAGUCGCUCUUCGUGGUGCUGUCAUCUACUUCUUGAUCCAAGAUCUCGCAAACGUCAACUACAUGUACCAGAUUUCUCUUAACCAGUUCUUAGGAAAGUUCUUCCAGGCCAUUGAAGAAGCUCCUCCGGAUCCAAUGACACAGACACGUAUCGCAAACAUCAUCCAAACAUUGACAUACCUCUGCUUCACAUACAUCGUCCGUGGUCUCUACGAAAAGGAUAAGCUCUUGUUCACACUCCAAUUAGCCCUCAAGAUCCAGUUGUCAUUGAACGUCUUCGACUUCAACGAUUAUCAGAUCUUCCUCAAGGGUGGCGCUGCUUUCUCUGGCGGUGACAAGAUGGGCGAUGUCCAGUUACCAGACAUCUUCUCACAGGUCAAAGAAAACGUCUUGGCCUUGUCACAGAUCUCAUUGUUCAAGGGACACUUCACAGAGAUCACAGACCAAGUUCCAAAGUGGAAGGAACUCAUGGAAUCUCAGGCACCAGAAAACAUGGAGCCACCACACAUCUGCGAGAACAUGACACCAUUCCACAACGCAGUCAUCAUCAGAUGUAUCAGACCAGAUAGAGCUAUCUUCGCUGCAAACAAGUACAUCGGAGAAGUCCUUGGCAAGGAAUUCCUCGAAUACACAAUGCCAUCACUCGAUGUCAUCUCCGCAGAAGCAGGCAACCAGUCUCCAGUCAUCUACUUGCUUUCUGCAGGUUCCGAUCCAACACCACUUGUCGAAGAAGCAGCUAAGAAGGCUAAGAUCCCAAUCAGCUCCAUCUCCAUGGGUCAGGGCCGUGAAGAAAUCGCUGAAGCAGCUAUCCAGAACGCCAAGCACAAGGGUGAGUGGGUUCUUCUCCAGAACUGCCACCUUGGUCUCAAGUACAUGGCUGCCUUGUUCGAAAUGUACAAGACAGACAUUGCCAACACUGCCAACGCUCAAGAGAAGAAGGAAGAGGCCAAAGAUGCCGGUGCUGCAGCCGCUCCAGCCAAGGAAGGCGAGCAGAAGAAGCCAGAGAAGGAGAAGGUCAAGUCAGUCCACCCAGAUUACAGACUCUGGAUCACAACAGAGCCAAAUCCAAGAUUCCCAGUCAACCUCCUUCAGCUCUCCAUCAAGCUCACAAACGAGCCACCAGCCGGUGCAAAGGCCAACCUCAAGAGAACAAUCCUUUCUCUCAACCAGCAGACAAUCGAGCAGCUCGAAGUCUCCGAAUGGCGUAGACUCAUCUACGUUCUUGCAUUCUUCAACACAACAGUUCAGGAACGUCGUAAAUUCGGACCACUCGGAUGGUGCAUUCCAUACGAAUUCAACCACUCCGACUUCACAGCUUCACUCGCUUUCUGCUCAGCCCAGAUUGUCGACGCACAGAGAGUCUCCCCGAACCCGAACACCAACCCGAACGUCUUCCAGCAGUCCUUCUGGCAGACAGUCCGCUACGGCAUCUGCGAAAUCCACUACGGUGGACGUGUCACAGAUGAACUCGACCGCAGACUCAUCAACGCCAUUGGUGAGAACUACUUCAACAACGAACGUGUCUUCGAUAACGUUCCAGGUGCCCAGAAGUACUUCGAUGUCAGUGGUGCUGAUCCAAAGGAAGUCGGCAAGUACCCAAUUCUCGACUGCAUCAACGUCAACCAGUUCCUCGACGCCAUCAAGAACUUGCCACAGAACGAUCCUCCAGAGGUAUUCGGCCUCAACGCAAUCGCUGAUGUCAAGCUCAGACGUGACCAGGCAGACGAGAUCUUCCAGAAGAUCAUCGAUAUCCAGCCAAAGGAGUCCUCUGUCGGCGGCAUGACACGUGAAGACGUCGUCAUGAAGCGCUGCCAGGAAUUGUUGCCACAAGUUCCAGAGAACUUCAACAUGGAACAAGUCAGAAAGACUGUCGUAGACAAUGGUUCCAAGCCACUCUACGUCUGCGCCAAGCAGGAGAUAGAGCGUAUGCAGAACGUUCUCAAGGUUCUUAGAUCAACACUCACAGAUCUCAUGGCUGCUAUCGAUGGUACAAUCGUCAUGAACGAUCAGUUGUACGGCUCUAUGAACUCAUUGUUCGAUGGCCGUAUCCCAAGACACUGGCUCAGAAUCUCAUGGCCAGCUGAUACACUCAAGGGCUGGUUCGACGAAGUCAAGGCCAGAUACCAGCAGUACAACACAUGGAUCCAACAGGGCACAAAGAUGGAUACAUUCUGGCUCGGUGGUAUGUUCAACCCAGGUGGCUUCGUCACAUCACUCAGACAGGAAACAGUCCGUGCCAACGCUGGCUGGCAGCUCGACCAGACAUCACUCGAUUCAGAAGUCCAGCCACUCGGUGGACGCUCUACAAAGGGAGACAACGACAAGCCAGUCAAUGGCCCAACAAUUGUCUCUGUCUACUGCCGCGGAUUCUGGCUCGAAGGCGCUAGAUGGAUCAAGACAGUCGGCGCUAAUUCUAACACAACAUACGGUUUGGCUGAACUUGUUUCAGUCACAGGAAAGGGCAAGUCCCAGAAGCUCGUUACAGAUCUCAGAAACGAAAUGCCACUCAUCAAGUUAGGCACUUCACAAAGAGAUCCAAAGGCUAAACCACCACCAGUCAUCCCACUUUCUAAGGAUAGAACUUACAUGGCUCCUAUCUACAAGAGCUCUCAGCGUACUGAUCUUAACUAUAUCAUUUCUAUCCCACUUCAGACAGCUGAUCCAAAGCUUUUCGCUAUUCAUUGGGUCCUUCGUGGCGUUUGCUUGACAACAAAGUAA